AUGCAGCAGUCCACAGCUCAUGGUGACAUGAAAGCGAAGCCCGAUUUGAACCCUUCGAAGGAUCAUCUUGCUGUAGGUGUACAUGGAAUGGUGGCAUGCGAUGUCCCUCUUUGCUCUCAAAUGGGCAGGGACAUCCUCCGAAAAGGCGGAAACGCCGCAGACGCCGCUGUCACUGUUGCUCUCUGUAUCGGUAGUAUCAACUCGCAUUCUUCGGGCAUUGGUGGCGGAAGCUAUAUUGUCAGUACAAAAGGAAACGAGUCUCUUUCCAUCGAUGCUAGAGAAAUAGCUCCGGCAAAAGCACACAAAAACAUGUAUCAAGGCAUACCUCUUUUAUCGCAGUUUGGCGGCUUGGCAGUAGCAGUUCCAGGGGAGUUGGCAGGCUUGUAUGAGCUCUUUUCGCUCCAUGGAUCAGGCAACCUCACAUGGGCGGAGUUGUUUCAGCCAGUAAUUGAAUUGAACGAGGAAGGCUGGGAUGCCCCCCAAAUAUGGACCAGAGCACUCUACAAAAUACAUGAAAUGCUUCUUUCACGCGUUCAGGCUUUGAAGGAUUCGUGGGAUUUCGUUUUCAAAGAAGGAGGCUCUGGGUUGGUGGAGAUAGGAGACCGCUUGAAGCGUCCUGCCCUUGCUAAAACUCUCCGCAUAAUUGCCCAAAAUGGUUCGGCAGAUGCUUUCUAUGACCCUGAAGGUCCUAUAGCGCCUAGUCUUGUUGAUGCAAGUAGAAAGCUAGGCGGGAUUAUCGAAACGCUGGAUUUUGCCAGCUACUCCGUGAAUGUAUCAGAGGCUCUUCUGUAUGAAUUCAUACACGAGGACGAACAUUACGAGAUCCUUACCACAAAAGGCGCUUCUUCCGGUAUUGCGUUGGUAGCUGGCCUUAAUUUCUAUUCUACUCUUGAUCUUCAUUCCAAGGAGUUAGGAAAGCAACCCGAGCUUCAAACACACCGCCUCAUCGAAGCAAUGAAGUGGGCAGCAGCAGCUAGAUCAAAUCUAGGAGAUGUGAACGAAACCUACUACGAAGAAAUUGUAGAGAGGUAUGGGGACCAGAAGUGGGCCGAGAAUAUCAUUCACCAGAAAAAGUACUCUGAUGAUCGAACUUUUCCGUGGAAACACUAUGAGCCUUUAUAUGAAAUCAGUGGGAAGCACGGAACGUCCCAUUUUUCCAUUGUGGACAAAGAAGGCGGGGCGGUCGGUAUGACAACCACUGUGAAUUUGCUUUUCGGCUCACUGGUCUAUGAUAAUCGCACAGGAAUAUUCUUGAACAAUGAAAUGGACGAUUUCUCCCAACCGAAUAGAAGAAAUGCCUUUGACUUGUCGCCGUCUACUCUCAAUUUCGUUGGUCCACAUAAACGUCCUCUUUCACUGAUGGCACCCAGCAUCGUAAAGAAAAACGGCGAAAUUGAGUUUACGCUCGGCUGCGCUGGGGGUUCCAGAAUUUCCACAGCAAUACUUCAGGCUAUUGUGCGAAUCAUUUAUUGGAAUAUUCCACUUCUUGAAACCAUAGCCUUGCCAAGAAUCCAUCACCAGCUUAUUCCAGAGUGUACCAUGGUGGAAAAUAUCGAGCUUUUCGAGGGGGAAUACAUGCCUCUCCAAAUUGCAUCAGCUUUGGAGAAGAAGAAUCACACUCUUUACGAAUCUGGCGCGCUCACUGCAAUGAAUGCCAUUAAACGGGUAAAUGGCCAAUGGGAAGGCGUCAGUGACUAUUGGCGCAAGCGCGGGCAGGCUAGCGGCUACUAG